CUUUCAUCUAAUCGAUUUCAUAAGGGUCUGUCUAGGGGAGACUUAUCUACCCCUUCUCUCUGUCGACACACGAUGACCGAUCAACCCACAAAACAAAAACUAUGGGGCGGGAGGUUUACAGGCACAACGGAUCCUCUGAUGCAUGCGUUUAAUCAGUCCCUUAAGUAUGAUCAAAGGAUGCAUGCUGCCGAUAUUCGUGGGUCCAUUGCGCAUGCAAAAGCUCUUCGACGCGUUGGUCUUCUUACCGAGGAAGAAGAAGUCAAAAUGACUCAAGGUUUAGAUGCUGUCGGUCGAGAAUGGGCAACCGGUCAAUUUCAGCCUGCCGCUGAUGAUGAGGACAUUCAUACUGCAAACGAACGCAGAUUAAGCGAGCUAAUCGGCUCACUCGGCGGAAAACUUCAUACUGGACGGUCUCGCAAUGAUCAAGUGGCGACUGACAUGCGCCUUUGGCUUCUCGGUGAAGUGGAUGAUAUCGAAUCCAGUCUUAAAGGUCUCUUGCGCAUCAUAGUAGAGCGUGCAGACAAGGAGAGAGAUAUUCUCCUCCCGGGAUAUACCCAUCUCCAACGAGGACAACCCAUUCGGUGGUCGCACUUCCUGUUGUCGCACGCUUUUUCGUUCCGCAACGAUCUUGAGCGACUUCAACAACUCAUCCCCCGUAUUUCUGUUCUGCCGCUGGGAAGCGGUGCCCUAGCUGGCAAUCCAUUCUCAAUUGAUCGCGAAUUUCUUGCCAAAGAACUGGGGUUCACUUCACUUGCCGAAAACAGCAUGUGGGGGGGUCGCCUUACCAUGACUCACAUGAGCCGUCUGGCUGAGGAUUUGAUCAUAUAUUCCACUGCCGAGUUUGGCUUUGUCACUCUCAGCGAUGCAUACAGCACCGGCUCGAGUAUGAUGCCCCAGAAGAAGAACCCAGACUCUCUUGAAUUAUUGCGAGGAAAAUCUGGGCGCAUCUUUGGCAAUAUGGCAGGAUUCAUGAUGACGCUGAAGGGUUUGCCGUCGACAUACAAUAAAGAUCUUCAAGAAGACAAAGAACCACUAUUUGACACUGUUGACAACAUCUCUGCAUCGCUCAAGAUCGCAGAGGGUGUCAUAGCGACUAUGGAGGUUCAUGGCGAAAGGAUGCAACAAGCACUGACUAUGGAUGUCCUCGCUACCGAUCUUGCUGAUUAUCUCGUCCGGAAAGGGGUGCCCUUCCGUGAGACGCAUCACGUCUCUGGCCGUGCCGUUGCUUUGGCCGAGGCUAGAAAAUGCCAGUUGAAUGGAUUGUCUGUUGAGGACUACAAGGGUUUACACGAAAAGUUCUCCGACGAUGUGGUCGAGGUCUUUGACUUCGAAGCCAGCGUUGAGAGAAGGACAUCUAUUGGUGGACCAAGUCGCAAGACGCUGGACAGGCAGAUCGCGGUCUUGCGAGCAGCGCUUGGCUAAAAAUAAUACCGAUACUACUACAAAAGCUGUUUGGUCACCAAUGCCAAUCGCUGUGACGUCAAUCAAUCAAUAUUUUGUACAUGAGAGCCCUUACAACUUGAACUCAUAGCCCUGGGACGACAACAGUUGAAUCUGUGUCUGGGAGAGCGCCGAGGAUCACUAGUACAGCCCUAGUGCUAUUCUAUCUAUCUAUCUGUACACUUAAUGGAUGUCAAUUGAGGUUUGACGCUAGCGCAAACCGUGCUCGACCUCCGGAC